AUGUCGUCGCCGCCGCCGCCGCCGCCGCCGGGGGCUGCCUGCGCCGCCAUCUCGGCCUCGGAGAAAGUGGACGGCUUCACCCGGAAAUCGGUGCGCAAGGCGCAGCGGCAGAAGCGCUCGCAGGGCUCGUCGCAGUUCCGCAGCCAGGGCAACCAGGCGGAGCUGCACCCCCUGCCCCAGCUCAAAGAUGCCACUUCAAAUGAACAACAAGAGCUCUUCUGUCAGAAGUUGCAGCAGUGUUGCAUACUGUUUGAUUUCAUGGACUCUGUUUCAGACUUGAAGAGCAAAGAAAUUAAAAGAGCAACACUGAACGAACUGGUUGAGUAUGUUUCAACUAAUCGUGGUGUAAUUGUUGAAUCAGCGUAUUCUGAUAUAGUAAAAAUGAUUAGUGCUAACAUCUUCCGGACUCUUCCUCCAAGUGAUAAUCCAGAUUUUGAUCCAGAAGAAGAUGAGCCCACGCUUGAGGCCUCUUGGCCUCACAUACAAUUGGUGUAUGAAUUCUUCUUGAGAUUCUUGGAGAGCCCUGACUUCCAGCCUAGCAUUGCGAAGCGAUUCAUUGAUCAGAAAUUUGUACAACAGCUCCUGGAGCUUUUCGAUAGUGAAGACCCCAGAGAGCGUGACUUCCUGAAGACUGUCCUGCAUCGAAUUUACGGGAAAUUUCUGGGCCUCAGAGCAUUCAUCCGAAAGCAGAUUAACAACAUUUUCCUCAGGUUUAUAUAUGAAACAGAACAUUUCAAUGGUGUUGCUGAACUCCUUGAAAUACUAGGAAGUAUUAUCAAUGGCUUUGCAUUGCCACUGAAAGCAGAACAUAAACAGUUUCUAAUGAAGGUUCUUAUUCCUAUGCAUACUGCAAAAGGAUUAGCUUUGUUUCAUGCUCAGCUAGCCUAUUGCGUUGUCCAGUUCCUGGAGAAAGAUACCACACUAACAGAACCAGUGAUCAGAGGAUUGCUAAAAUUUUGGCCAAAAACAUGCAGUCAGAAAGAGGUGAUGUUUUUAGGAGAAAUUGAAGAAAUCUUAGAUGUCAUUGAACCAACACAGUUCAAAAAAAUUGAAGAGCCGCUGUUUAAACAGAUCUCCAAGUGUGUGUCCAGUUCUCACUUCCAGGUUGCAGAAAGGGCCUUGUACUUCUGGAAUAAUGAAUAUAUUCUUAGUUUGAUUGAGGAGAACAUUGACAAAAUUCUGCCAAUUAUGUUUGGUAGUUUGUACAAAAUCUCCAAAGAACACUGGAAUCAGACCAUUGUAGCACUGGUGUACAAUGUGCUGAAAACACUCAUGGAAAUGAACGGCAAACUUUUUGAUGACCUUACUAGCUCAUACAAAGCUGAAAGACAAAGAGAGAAAAAGAAGGAACUGGAACGUGAAGAAUUAUGGAAAAAGUUAGAAGAGCUAAAGCUAAAGAAAGCUCUAGAAAAGCAGAACAGUGCUUACAAUAUGCACAGUAUUCUCAGCAAUACGAGUGCUGAAUGAACAGAUGCCCGCCACCUCUGCUGGAUAGGUGCAGUUUUGUACACACUUUUGGAGUAUGUAAAAAUUGCAAAACAAACCUCAUCAGUAUAAUUAAAAGGCCAAUUCCCCCCUGCCCCCCCCCACCCGCAACUGUAAAUGAAAAAAUAUACGGACUAAACAUAGCCCUGUGUUAUAUCAUGGCCACAGGAUAUUGUAACUGUUGUCUAAUCAGAUCUAUUGUGUCACUUCUGAAGUUUCACAGAAAUGCAUUUUAUCAUCUACGGCGUGAGAUAAUUAUGGGAGUGGUGAGAAUUAUGACUUGAAUUCUUUUGAUUGUGUUGCACAUAGAUAGUAGUCUGCUCUGUAUUAUUUUUCCCUUUUAUAAUGUGCUUUUCACAUUGCUGCAGACCUUAGUUACAGUCUAGGAAAAAGAGUUAUUUCCUAAAAUAAAACUAAGGUAUAAUCCUUACCCUUCCUCCCCUAUCUCUCCCAGAAAUAUGACGGAGGGAAUUACCUGAACUCUGGAAUUUGAGCAGAAAACUUAAAUUUCCAGGCUUUUUAAAGCACAAAAUAUAAAUAAAAGCUGGGAAAGUAAACCAAAUCCUUGAGAUUGAUCCUCAUGAGUACAUCAACUCCCAGAGUGAUGAGCACAGAUGAGCAGAGGCAGCGAGCGAGCGAGGCUGGCGCCUCUCCACGAUUCUCUCUUCCCUCUGCCUUCCCAGUCCCUCCUGACCAGGGAUGGAGGUGCGGGCUCACAGCGUGGCCAUGCCCAGCGCUAGCUGUCACUGCCUGGCUUACUCACAAGGACUGCAGUAGGCUUCCUCUAGACUUCUGAAACCAUGAUUAGAGAGGUCGUGUAUGUUUUUACCUGGUCAAGUAUUUUCUCACAUAUUUUGUUAUCAGAGUACCAUUCCAAUCUCUUAACUUGCAGUUGUGUGGAAAACUGUUUUGUAAUGAAAGAUCUUCAUUAGGGGAUUGAGCAGCAUUUAAUAAAGUCUAUGUUUGUAUUUUG